CGGGAUCUCAGUGAGUGACCGGAUUCCCCCGCAGCUCAGUGGCCUCGUCCAUUCGCCUCAUUCCCGUUGGGAUCGUCGGACACAAUGAGCCUCUCCGGGCACCGGCGGGAGGAGGAGACUCUCAUAGAGAUGUCAGUGACCGAUGAUAUUUCUGUACUAACCGACUUCCGGAGCCCAGAUUCAGCAGGGGACGAAAGCAACGGAGCCCUAUUAGAUAAUAAUUCCAUCACCGACUCGGAACUGCCCGGCAACUCGGAGGGCUUGAGCAGCACAGAAAGUACAUUUCUCAUCUACAACCACCAGAGGAAAUGGCGUAAACUGAACUUGUUCCUGAAGCGUCGUCUCAGGAUAGACAAACAUGUGCAGAGCAAGGACUCGGUGUUCUUCUGGGACGGGAUCCGGCGGAUUGAUUUCAUUCUUUCCUACACCGAUGAGACCAACAAAGAGGCUGAGAAGAAAGCGGAGAGGAGAAGAGACUUUGAAUUCAAUUUACACAAAUCAGGGUUAGAAUUGGAGACAGAAGACAAAAAGGAUUCAGAAAAUGGGAAAACCUACUUUUUAAAAAUCCACGCCCCCUGGGAGGUCCUUACGACUUACGCUGAAGUCCUUAACAUCAAGAUGCCCCUCAAGGCUGACGAUUUAACGGACGAAUCGGAGAACCUCCUGAGCCACAUGCUGAAACCAUUCAAACUCCCGCCGGAGGUCAUGUGUCCCGAGCCGGAUUAUUUCACUGCGCCCUUCCGGAAGGACAAACAGGAGCUCUUCCGUAUUGAGGACAAGGAAAAAUUCUUCACCCCGUCGACCCGUAACAGAAUUGUCUAUUACAUUCUGUCUCGCUGUCACUAUGGGGAAGAAGAGGGAAAGAAAAAGUUUGGGAUCAAGAGACUCCUGAACAACGGGUCUUAUUUGGAUGCCUACCCCCUCCAUGAUUGUCGGUAUUGGAAGAAAACAGAUGAAAGGAGUUGUGAGAGAUACACUCUGUAUUCCCACUGGGCAAAGUUUACUCGUUUCUAUAAGGAGCAGCCUCUGGAUCUGAUUCGGAAAUUACCUAUGGGGAGAAGAUCGGAUCUAUUUCGCCUGGUUGAGGUCACCUUUACCGAGAUGCUGUUUAUAAUGCCGCUGUAAUGGAUUGGUUUUUUCUGUUUUCUCUACGGCUGGAUAACAAUGGACGACAGUAUCAGCAGCAAAGAAAUCUGUGACCCCGGUAUUGGCGGCCAGAUCAUCAUGUGCCCCCUGUGCGACAAACGCUGUGAGUUUUGGCGAUUAAAUUCCACGUGUGAGCCCUCGCAGUAUUCUCAUAUGUUUGACAACGUGGCUACGCUCUUCUUUGCCAUAUUCAUGGGAAUUUGGGUGACUCUGUUCCUGGAAUUCUGGAAGAGGCGGCAGGCCCGGUUGGAAUACGAGUGGGAUUUGGUGGAUUUUGAAGAGGAGCAGCAGCAGCUCCAGCUGAGACCAGAAUACGAAGCCAAGUGCACGGAUAAGAAGAAGAAUCCAGUAACUCAGGAGAUGGAGCCCUAUUUGCCUCCCUCUAGCAAGGCGGUUCGGUUCUGCUUCUCUGGAGCUACGGUUUUGUUCUGGAUUUCACUGAUUAUCGCCAGUAUCAUUGCCAUUAUAGUCUAUCGGCUGUGGGUCUAUGCGGCGUUCGCCAGUAUCAUGGAGAAUAAUCUGACCCUGGAGCCUGUAAAAGAACUUUACGACCCCUCAACUGGCCACGUCGUCACGGCCUCCGUCCUGAACUUUAUCGCCAAUACAUGAUCCUUAACUUCUGUCAUUAUGAGCCGGGUUGCCAUAUGGAUUACUGGAUAGGAAAUCCCAAGGACCCACCUGGAGUAUGAGAACCGACUCACAAUGAAAAUGUUCCUCUUCCAGUUUGUGAAUUACUAUUCCUCCUGCUUCUACGUCGCCUUCUUUAAGGGCAAAUUUGUGGGUUACCCUGCCGACUACACCUAUUUGUUUGGCAAGUGGAGAAACGAAGAGUGUGACCCAGCCGGGUGCCUUAUAGAACUGACCACGCAGCUCACCAUUGUUAUGGCCGGAAAGCAAAUCUGGGGCAACAUUCAAGAAGCAUUUGUUCCAUGGACGUGGAAUUGGUUGAAGCGUAGGAAAGCCAGGAAUCAUCCAGAAAAUCUCUACAGCCGAUGGGAACAAGAUGGCGACCUUCAGACCUUUGGUGGUCUGGGUCUUUUCUACGAAUAUCUUGAAAUGGUGGUUCAGUUUGGAUUCAUUACGCUGUUUGUGGCCUCCUUCCCGCUGGCGCCGCUCCUCGCACUUCUGAACAACAUUUUGGAGAUCAGGGUCGACUCGUGGAAGCUGACCACGCAAUUUAAGAGGCCGGUAGCCGCCAAGGCGCACAGCAUCGGGGUGUGGCAAGAAAUCCUGAACGGCAUUGCUAUUCUCUCAGUUGUAACAAAUGCUUUCAUUGUGGCCUUCACAUCAGACAUGAUUCCUCGCCUGGUGUACUACUAUGCCUACACGCAAGAUAAAGACAUGCCCAUGUCUGGAUACAUUAGCAGCAGCCUUUCGAUUUUUAACGUCACUGAUUUUAAGGAGCAGAGCAUGCCCACGAAAAAUGACAUGAACGUUCUCAGCUGUAGGUAUCGAGACUAUCGUUAUCCCCCUGGUCAUGGAAAGGAGUACCAAGUCACCAUGCAGUACUGGCAUAUCCUCGCUGCCAAAAUGGCCUUCAUCAUUAUAAUGGAGCAUGUGGUGUUUCUUGUCAAAUUCUUCGUGGCCUGGCUGAUCCCUGACAUCCCAUCGGAGGUGAAGGCUCGGGUCAAACGUGAAAAGUUUCUAACUCAAAAGAUCUUGCACGAGUAUGAACUCGAGAAGCUGAAGGAGAAGCUUAGCAACAAGAACCAAACUCUAUCGGACGACAAGGAAUUGAUAGCCACCAAAGGAAAAGUGGCGCUCUCUGCGGCCAUGUAGCAUCCACCCUACCUGCCAACUGGGACACUUUUUUGCGUUUUAGCCCUAAACACAGCCGUAUUACCUUGUUCAGCACCGCUCUCUAUAUUUUUUAAUAUUAUUUCACUUAUGUUUUGUCUUUUUAAUUUAAGCUUUUUUUUUUUAAUAAAAGUUUUUUGGGGGGAAGAAGUUUUGAACCCCUUUGUAAAUAGAUUUCCAAAUCCAAAAAAAUUGAUGUACUCAGGUUUCCACAUCAAGUCAGUUUGCCUCGUUGAGUAACGUACAGGGUCCGUGUGGCCCCAUGGAUGGUGGGACUGAGAAGGCUCACUGUGAUAGGCUGCAGCUUUGGGUUGCCUUCCACUCAGCCGGUGUCCAGGGCUUCUCAUAGACCAGGGAUCCCCAACCUUUUGAACCCGUGAGCGACAUUCAGAUGUUGGGGAGCAACACAAGCAUGAAAAAUGUUCUUGGGGUGCUGUGAUUGGCCAUUUGGUAGCCCCUGUUUGGAUCGUCAACCUACAUUGAGGCUCAGUUUGGCAGAAGACCUGGUUUUUAUGCAACUAUAACUUACCUCCAAGCCUGGGAUUCAAAAAAAAGCUCCUGCGUUGAGACCACUGGGAGCAACAUCCAAGGUGUUGGGGAGCAACAUGUUCCUCACGAGCUACUGGUUGGGGAUCACUGGAUUAGACCAUUAGAUUAAUGUGUGACUAUGGUGCAUGUUGUCCUCCCUAAACUCAAAGAAAGUCCUGGCCAACUCCUGCUGUUUUGACGUUGAAUGAUUUUUUUUCCCCCCCCAUUUCUCGGGAAAUGUCAUUAAUGCUCCGUCAAACUUUUGGAGACUUCCCCGCGUGUGUUUGUAAAUCUUUUAAAAAUGCUUCUGUUCUCGGUUUAGUUUGUUCUCCCUGGAAUUGUGAUUUUGAGGGCCGUUUUGUAAAGUUGAGUACGGCUGUUGCCUUCACAUGACGGGCUCCUGGAAGUUUGACUUCCAUAUCCAAAAUGCAGCCAUUGUUCCCAAAACGGCCUUUACUUAUGAUGAAGGAAUCUGCCCCUCUUAGUUGGGGGUUGGGAUUAGUAUCUGAAUAUUUGCUCUUCACCAAACCCCAUUAUGGACUCACUGUUGGGAAGGUUGGGGUACGGCAGCCAAGUAUUAAAUAUUUCUAUACAAUGUAUGGGUGCUCUGAAUUAGGCAGGGAGUGCCGGCAGCCAUCAGAGCAUCACCGAGAGUUGUAGUUCAGCCUCUGGGGUGGAAACACUUGAGAUAACUAUACUACUGUAUCUCCUGUGAGAGCGAUGGAAGCCUUUAUUAUGUAUCCGGUCAGUGGUCAACAUCCACCACCAAAAUCAGUGGUCAUACAACGUUCCCUUUUGCAUUUCUCAGGGACAGCGUCACCUUUUUGUCACGUUUCUGCCAUUUCUGCCGUCGCGGCGACUUCAAAUGAUUAUCGUUUGUGCCUUGUGUUAAACGGUCGCUUGCGGUGCCUGACGUCUCUCCCUCUGUUUGGGGAAGAAAGCUGCAAAUUCCAGAUUUUUAUGGUUCUACCAGUUCAAAGAGUCUUUAAUUUUUCCGAAAAAAAAAAAAAGAGAUGUUAUGCUUAAUAAAGAAAACAUUCCUCCUCUAUGCAACCGUAAAAAAGCGUCAUUUUGGUUAAAAGGUAAUACAUGAGUAAAAAUGUUUCACUGUUAACUAUUCGCAUGUAUUCCAUAUAUUUACCCUUUAAUAUACAGUAUAGUAUUGGGGGUAUCAUUUAUUGUGCAGAACAUUUCUUCUUCGUGUGUUACUGUUUAUACCUGUUUUCAGGGAGCUGCCACACUGUUUUGCUUAGGCAGUACCACUGAUUGAUACAUUUACAGAGAAAAGGAAUGUUGUGGGCGCACACUGAGCUAGAGACUUGUUGUUUCCGUGUGUAUAAUGGAAGAUGUGCAUGAAAUGCGUAACCAAUCCUGUUGUACCUUAGAACACUGUGGCUUCCUAGGCGAGUGGAUCCGUUUCUAAAAGCGAUUGGUUCCUUCUUAGUAUAUACGACUGUUAAGCCGGCAUUAAAUGUCGUACCCAUUCCAGAUUCCUGGUCCAUACAGUAGUGAUGAGCGGGUUGAAAAAUACUCGACCUGCACCCGAUCCUAACCUGACUACUCAAAACCUGUACCCAACCUUAACCCGACUCCUCAAACCUGUACCCGAUCCUAAACCGACUCCUCAAAACCUGUACCCAACCUUAACCCAAUUCCUCAAAACCUGUACCCGGCCGGCGGGUCCAUGCUUCCUUAAAUGCCCGUGCUCCACCCGGGAGGGGGUGCAAAACGACGCGGAAGUUGGGGCACUUUCAGGUCACUAGUGGGAAGAGCGGCAAUGGUAGAGGUAAGAGCGUGGCCCAAAUAUUUUGUGCGAGUGCCGGUCCAAACCUAUGUUUCCCAUACAUUACUACCGUACAGUAGUGAUGUGUAGGUCGGACUUUUCCUGACCCGCACCCGCCCGAACCCGACUUCUGGGUUCCUUUUAUAGACCCGUCCCACCGACGUCACAAAGGCGAGAGGCGCACGUCCAUCUGAGAGGCGCGCGUCCAUCCGACGCGUUCCAAAAACGCAGGUAAAUAAGGUAAGAUAUGGAGAUGACGGAUGAAGCUGCAGCGUACAUCUGAUGCGACGCAUCUGCAUCCGACAGUCGCGUUGUGUCGGACGAAUGCUGUGACACUAUCAGACGUUCCUGUUGCUUACCUUAUUUCAAUCGCAUCCGACUUGACGACUGCGUUUUUGCGCAUCGCAUCGGAUCGCGACGAAAUCGCCAGUAGAGUUCCUCCAGAAAAGCUCAAGUCGGAAGCCAGAAUUUGGAAGGUCGUGGGCAGGGAGAGCAGUCGGAAGAGAUCAACUCGCGGGUAUCGGGCCGCUCAUCACUAGCGUCCAGACAUUUCCUAUUGCGGCCUUCGUUCAGUGUUUAUACCUGGUUAAUUAUCCAUGGAAAUCAACACAGCUCGUUAGCAUAUCUAAUGAUUUCAAUAUCGCUGUUUCUUUAACGGGGACGCCCACCCAAAAUGAUUUUAUGUUCUUUGCAUAAUAAAAUAAAUCGGAAUUUUUA